GCCAACAUCCAUGCUAUAAACCCUCCCCCCACACACACCAACCAAGGGGUGGCCUCAGCCCCCAUCACGAGACCUGUCCAGGACAAGCUUCAGGUGAGACCCCCUAACCUCACAUCCUGUGCACCCCGACUCCCCAGAACCCAGGGAUUGGCAGGAAUAGGCAGGCCUCCCUUCCAAAGGAGACGGCAGGGAUUGGAGGUAGGGUAUGCAUGGGUAGCCUGAUGCUAUCACUUCAGGAGACACUGCGGCUGAAGGAGAAGGAAGGCUGCCCACAGGCCUUCCAUGCCCUGCUGUCCUGGCUCCUGACCCAGGACAGUGGGGCCAUCCUGGACUUCUGGAGGGUUCUCUUUAAGGACUACAAUCUGGAACGGUACAGCCGCCUGCACACCAUCCUGGACGGCUUCCCGAAAGAUGUGGACCUGAAUCAGCCCCGGAAGGGGAGGAAGCCCCUUGCUGGUCCCAAAGUCUCCAUACUACCACCCAGACCCCCCACCAAGAGAAAGGCGCUAGAGGAACCUCGAGCUACCCCACCGGCAACUCUGACCCCAAAGAGCUCCUCCAGCCCAGGCUCCCACCCAAAGACUAAGCCCCCUAAGAAGCCAGAGGGCAAUUUGGAGUCACAGCGCCUCCCGCUGGGGAAUGGAAUUCAGGCCAUGUCGGCUUCCGUCCAGAGAGCUGUGACUGUGUCCUCUGGGGAUGUCCCAGGAACCCGAGGGGCCGUGGAAGGAAUCCUCAUCCAGCAGGUGUUUGAGGCAGGAGGCUCCAAGAAGUGCAUCCAAGUUGGGGGCGAGUUUUACACUCCAAGCAAGUUUGAAGACCCCAGUGGCAAUGCAAAGAACAAGACCCGUGGUGGUGGCAGCCUAAAGCCGGUAGUCCGAGCCAAGGGAACCCAGGCCACUAUCCCUGGUAGAGAUGAGCAGAGAAUAGGCCAGCAGUGUGGGGUUCCUGCCCUUCCGGCCCUUCCCAGUGAGCCCCAGGUUCACCAGAAUGAGGACGAAUGUGCCGUGUGUCACGAUGGAGGUGAGCUCAUCUGCUGUGAUGGCUGUCCCCGGGCUUUCCACCUGGCUUGCCUGUGCCCGCCUCUGCAGGAGAUCCCCAGCGGCCUCUGGAGGUGCUCCUGCUGCCUCCAGGGCAGAGUCCAGAAGAGCCUGUCCCAGCCUGAGGAGUCCAGGCCCCCGGAGCCACCUGCAGAGACCCCGAUCCUCCUGGGACUGAGGCCAGCUUCAGAGGGGACCAGAGGCCUGUCCAGGGAGCACCCGGCCAGCUCAGAUGCUGCUAUCACAUACGUGAACCUGCUGGCCCCACCUUCUGCAGCCCCCCUGCCUCUGCUGGAGCCUUCAGCACUACGUCCUCUGCUGAGUGCUGGGACUGAGGGGCAGCAGGGUCCCGCACCAGGUGCACGGUGCGGUGUCUGUGGGGACGGUGCAGACACGCUGCGGUGCGCACACUGUGCAGCCGCCUUCCACUGGCGCUGCCACUUCCCGAUGGCCGCAGCCCGACCGGGGACGAACCCCCGCUGCAAGUCCUGCUCUACAGACCCAACGACUCCCAUGCCAGGAGAGGCAGCGCCCACUUCUGCACGCCCAGCCCAGCCCGGACUUGCCAAGGUGGGUGACGACUCUGCUGGUCAUGAGCCUGUUCUGCAAAGGGACGAUCUGGAGUCCCUCCUGAAUGAGCAUUCCUUCGACGGCAUCCUGCAGUGGGCCAUCCAGAGCAUGUCACGCCCGCUGGCCGAGACACCGCCCUUCUCCUCCUGACCCCAGGUGGCCCAGGAGGGUGGACAGCAUAGCACCAGCCCCCACGGCACGUCUUCGGAUGAGGCAGAGUGGCCUUAUGCCUGCAGCCACUCUGUUCUGAGAGGACAUGCUCCGUCAGCCUGGAGGCUGGAUUGGUUAGGACCAAGAGCUGGCGGGUUCCAAUUGUUACCACUCAGCUUGCAGAUGGUCCUGGUCCUUGUGGGGAGACAAGACUGUCCUGUGUCCUGAAAUUAAACACUUCUAUGGGCUUUGA